AUGGAUUCCCUGUCGGGGCUUAAGACACGGCAGAUGCAGGGGAAGGAUGCGCCUCUGUUCGUGAGGAGAACGUUGAGUAAAGACGACAUGUCGUCAUCCGCCUCCGGUGCAUGGAAUAGUGAGGCGGGGAGCAAUUUGUCCAAAAAUUGUCUCCUACAGGCCAAAGGCAGCGGCCAAGAGGAGCGGCACCGCCGCGAGGAGGCCGAGGGAAAGGACCCCUGCAGAGAGAUUGUCACCAAUGCAGCCGAGAUACGCCGGCGGGUACACCGGGCGAAUAUCAUCACCUCCCGUCUGCGCGAUUCCUCAGGGAAAAUGAUGCAGCGACUGCGACAAAAAAAAGGUUUUGCUGCUCUUAAUGGCCAUGGCGAUGACGAAAGUUUGGUGCGGGAAAAACUUUACUGUGAAUUCAGGACGGAAUUUUCCGCCGCACUGGAGAAAAUGAGGUCCCUGCACUUUUUCGGUGCCUUGACGACGAGGGAACGAAUUGAAAUCCCCGUCACACGUGCUGCCUUCAUUGCCUCGCGUAAAAAUAUGAUAGGCAUUCAAAAGAAUCAGCAGUCACUUCUUUACCGACAGCUUUUCACGGCAUGGCAACAACAUUACCGGCUUUGUAGGGACAUGCUGCGGAGACAAAGAGACAUUGGAGGCUCUCGCACGAACACUUCUUCGUUUAUUUGGCGCGGCGAUUCGGAAACGUCCUCCUUGUGGGAAAAAACAGCUGGUGGCGUCAUAUCAAGUUCUCUGGAUGACAACGCCGAGGAGGGAAAUUUGGAUUUUAGGAAACUGCAGGAUCAUAUGAAUACCCUGCAUGCUAUUCUUUGGGAUAUGCAGCGCAUUGCGGCGACACAACAGGAACUGUUGCAGCAGCUUGAGGGAGACCCGAUAAAUCGGGACUCAGGGAGGUGCAGGCGUACCGCACAGAUUGCUGCUGAUAAACCGUGUUGCGGCAGGAAUCAUAGAUGCGGAUGCUGCACCACCAUGUAA